AUGGCGGCGGCGGCCCCUGCUGCUGCGGCGGCUUCUUCCGAGGCUCCGGCGGCAACUGUGACGGCAGAGCCCGAGGCCGGGGACGAGGACAGUCGCGAGGUCCGAGUGCUGCAGAGCCUGCGGGGCAAGAUCUGUGAAGCAAAAAAUUUAUUGCCAUAUCUUGGACCCAACAAAAUGAGAGAUUGUUUCUGUACCAUAAACUUGGACCAGGAAGAAGUUUAUCGUACCCAAGUUGUUGAAAAAUCUUUAAGCCCAUUUUUCAGUGAAGAAUUUUACUUUGAGAUUCCAAGAACUUUUCAGUAUUUGUCUUUCUAUGUUUAUGAUAAGAAUGUUUUACAAAGAGACCUUCGAAUAGGAAAAGUAGCCAUCAAAAAAGAAGACUUGUGUAACCACAGUGGCAAAGAAACUUGGUAUUCAUUACAGCCUGUUGACUCCAAUUCAGAGGUUCAGGGUAAAGUUCACCUUGAAUUAAAACUGAAUGAACUGAUAACAGAGAAUGGAACUGUGUGCCAGCAGCUUGUUGUACACAUCAAAGCAUGCCAUGGGUUGCCUCUCGUAAAUGGACAAAGCUGUGACCCUUACGCAACAGUUUCUCUAGUAGGCCCUUCUAGGAAUGACCAAAAGAAGACAAAAGUAAAGAAGAAAACAAGCAAUCCACAGUUUAAUGAAAUCUUUUAUUUUGAGGUAACCAGAUCCAGUAGUUACACCAGAAAGUCCCAGUUCCAGGUAGAAGAGGAGGACAUUGAAAAGCUAGAAAUUAGGAUCGACUUGUGGAACAAUGGUAACCUGGUCCAAGAUGUUUUCCUAGGUGAGAUUAAGGUUCCUGUGAACGUGUUAAGAAAUGAUUCCUCUCAUCAAGCCUGGUAUUUGCUACAACCAAGAGAUAAUGGAAACAAGUCAUCCAAAACUGAUGACCUGGGGUCUCUUCGAUUAAAUAUAUGUUAUACAGAAGACUACGUCCUUCCUUCAGAGUACUAUGGUCCUUUGAAAACAUUGCUGCUAAAAUCACCAGAUGUUCAGCCGAUAUCUGCCUCAGCUGCUUACAUUUUGGGUGAAAUAUGUCGAGAUAAAAAUGAUGCUGUUUUGCCCCUUGUACGACUGCUGCUGCACCAUGAUAAACUUGUUCCUUUUGCCACUGCAGUGGCUGAAUUAGACUUGAAGGAUACACAAGAUGCAAACACAAUUUUUAGAGGAAAUUCCUUGGCUACCCGAUGUCUGGAUGAGAUGAUGAAAAUAGUGGGAGGGCACUACCUGAAAGUAACAUUAAAACCUAUUCUAGAUGAGAUAUGUGAAUCCUCCAAAUCCUGUGAAAUUGAUCCUAUUAAAUUGAAAGAGGGGGAUAAUGUGGAAAAUAAUAAGGAGAAUCUGCGCUACUAUGUAGACAAGUUAUUCAGUACAAUUGUAAAAUCAAGUAUGAGCUGCCCCACUGUAAUGUGUGAUAUCUUUUAUUCUCUAAGGCAAAUGGCUACUCACAGAUUUCCUAAUGACCCUCAUGUUCAAUAUUCUGCAGUGAGCAGCUUUGUAUUUCUUCGUUUCUUUGCUGUAGCCGUAGUAUCACCUCAUACGUUUCAUUUGCGACCUCAUCAUCCAGAUGCACAGACAAUUAGAACAUUAACUCUCAUCUCAAAAACCAUUCAAACCUUGGGAAGCUGGGGGAGUCUGUCCAAAAGCAAGUCAAGUUUCAAAGAGACAUUCAUGUGUGAAUUUUUCAAAAUGUUUCAAGAAGAAGGAUAUAUUACAGCAGUUAAAAAGUUCUUGGAUGAAAUUUCAUCUACUGAAACUAAAGAGUCCAGUGGUACAAGUGAGCCUGUGCACCUGAAAGAAGGUGAGAUGUAUAAAAGAGCUCAGGGAAGAACUCGAAUUGGAAAAAAGAAUUUCAAGAAACGGUGGUUCUGCCUAACAAGCAGAGAGCUUACCUACCAUAAGCAGCCAGGCAAAGAUGCAAUUUACACAAUUCCAGUAAAAAACAUUCUUGCUGUGGAAAAACUGGAAGAGGGUUCUUUCAACAAGAAAAAUAUGUUCCAAGUAAUACAUACAGAGAAACCACUCUAUGUCCAGGCAAAUAAUUGUGUAGAAGCUAAUGAAUGGAUAGACGUACUCUGCAGGGUGAGCCGAUGCAAUCAAAACAGGCUCAGUUUUUAUCAUCCCUCUGCAUACCUAAACGGAAGCUGGCUCUGCUGUCAGGAGACCAGUGAAAACACUCUCGGCUGCAAGCCAUGUACCGCAGGUGUCCCUGCAGACAUCCAAAUAGACAUUGAUGAAGACAGAGAAAUAGAAAGGAUUUAUUCCCUUUUUACCCUCAGUUUGCUUAAGCUGCAAAAGAUGGAAGAGGCAUGUGGAACUAUAGCAGUCUAUCAAGGACCACAGAAAGAGCCUGAUGAUUAUUCUAACUUUGUAAUCGAGGAUUCUGUAACAACGUUUAAGACAAUUCAGCAAAUAAAAAGCAUCAUAGAGAAGUUGGAUGAGCCUCACGAAAAGUAUAGGAAGAAAAGAUCAAGUAGUGCAAAAUAUGGGAGCAAGGAAAAUCCAAUUGUUGGGAAAACAUCUUAGAGUUUGACCAAUUGUUUCAGAAGAACUGGAGAAUAUUUUUCUUGGAGUUUUUCAAUUCGUUAUACAUUUUGUUCAUAGUAUUUAAGAAGGAACAUUGGUUUUGGU